AGAGGCCAUGUUUUCCCAGCAGCCCCAGGACCUGGUGGUGGUGGCGGGCCAGCCAGUGACCCUGCCCUGCUCUAUCCCUGGUUACAACGGCGUUGUCCUCUGGAUCAAGGACGUCGCCCUGGGCGUGGGCCGGGACCUUUCGGGCUACCCCCGCUACACGGUGAUUGGAGACCACAGUACAGGAGAGCAUCACCUGCGUAUCCAGCGCGUGGAGCUGAUGGACGACGCUAUAUUCGAGUGCCAGGCCAUCCAGGCCGCCAUGAGGUCCCGCCCUGCAAGGCUCACCGUGCUGGUGGCCCCUGAGGAUCCAGUGAUCAGUGGGGGUCCUGUGGUGAGCCUCAGAGCAGGCGAUCCACUCAACUUGACCUGCCACGCCGACAACGCCAAGCCGGCCGCCUCCAUCAUCUGGAUCCGGAACGGGGAGGUCCUGAACGGGGCCAUGUACUCCAAGACGCUGCUGCGGGACGGCAGGAGGGAGAGCACGGUGAGCACCCUGUACCUGUCCCCCACCAACAUGGAGACGGGCCAGCAGAUCAUCUGCAAGGCCUCCAACAAGGCCGUCCCCAACGGCAAGGAGACCAGUGUCACCAUCGACAUCCAACAUCUACCACUUGUCAAUCUUUCAGUGGAGCCGCAGCCAAUUCUGGAGGGCAACCUGGUGAAAUUCCACUGCUCAGCAAAGGCCAACCCUCCGGUCACCCUCUACCGGUGGGCGAAGGGGGGCAGCGUCAUCAAGGAGGUGUCCGGAGACACCUAUGAGGUCAUCGUGGACCACUCCUUCUUCACCGAGCCCGUCUCGUGUGAGGUGACCAACGCCCUCGGCAGCACCAACAUCAGCCGCAACGUCGACGUUUACUUUGGUCCCCGGAUGGCUGCUGAGCCCCAGUCGUUGCAGGUGGACCUGGCCUCCGAUGCGGUGUUCAACUGCGCAUGGACGGGCAACCCUUCCCUCACCAUUGUGUGGAUGAAAAGGGGCUCCGGCGUGGUUCUGAGCAAUGAGAACAUUCUGACACUCAAAGCAGUGAGACAAGAAGAUGCUGGGAAAUAUGUGUGCCGCGCUGUUGUUCCACGUGUGGGUGCGGGAGAGAAGGAGGUCUCCCUAACUGUCAACGGUCCUCCGACCAUCUCCAGUACCCAGACACAGCAGGCUCUGCACGGGGAGAAAGGACAGAUCAAAUGCUUCAUCCGGAGCACCCCACCGCCAGACCGCAUCGCCUGGUCCUGGAAGGAGACGGUGCUGGAGUCGGGCACGUCCGGCCGCUACACGGUGGAGACGGUCAGCACGGAGGAAGGGGUCAUCUCCACGCUCACCAUGAGCAACAUCGUGCCCGCCGACUUCCAGACCAUCUACAACUGCACGGCGUGGAACAGCUUCGGCUCCGACACGGAGAUCAUCCGGCUGAAGGAACAAGAGUCCCUGCCCGUGGCGGUGAUCAUCGGAGUGGCGGUCGGAGCGUUCGUGGCGUUCAUUGUCCUCAUGGGCACCGUCGGAGCGUUCUGCUGCACGCGCUCACAGAGAAAAGAUGCGCACCUGGUGAUGCCCACUCUGCCUGUCUCCAUCUGUGCUCACCAGAGAGAACUUGCAAGCAAAAUUAAGACAGAAAAUCAUAAAGGGGCCGCGUCAGCCAAGAACGACAUCCGCGUGGAGAUCGUUCACAAAGACCACAACGCUGCUCGCGAGAGCGAGGACCACGCCUCCAUGAAGCAGCUGAUGGUGGAGCGAGGGGACUUCCAACAGGAGUCUGUGCUGAAACAGCUGGAGGUGCUGCAGGAGGAAGAGAAGGAGUAUCAACACAUCAAGGACCCCACCAACGGCUACUACAGCGUCAACACCUUCAAAGAGCACCACACCCCCGCGGUCGCGGGCAACCCGCCGGCCGAGGCCUCCCGCAACCCCGCCGGCGCCAGCAGCACCCUGGGCAAGCAGCGGGUGCCCACGGGCAUGUCCUUCACCAACAUCUACUCCACCCUGGGCGCGGGCCCCAACCGCCUGUACGACUACAGCCAGCGCUUCGUGCUGGGCAUGGGCAGCAGCUCCAUCGAGCUGUGCGAGCGCGAGUUCCAGCGGGGCUCGCUGAGCGACUCCAGCUCCUUCCUCGACACGCAGUGCGACAGCAGCGUCAGCAGCUACAGCAAGCAGGACGGCUACGUGCAGUUCGACAAGGACAGCAAGGCGUCCGCCGCCUCCUCCUCCUCCCACUACUCCCAGUCCUCGUCCCAGAACUCGGACCUCACCAAGCCCCUGCAGAAGCGCAUGCAGACCCACGUUUGACCCGGUACACAACCACCCCCCCCCGCCAACCACCUCCGCCAUUCACUCCCCCCCCCCCCAUCCUACCCCAACCGUAACACCCCACCCCCCAAGGGACGGUCGAGUAAGGAACGACUUACCUAUCGACCGCGCAAUUCAACGGGGCCACCAGGGCUCCGUCAUACUAAGACUUUCUCAAUGAACCCGGGUUUGUAAAUCGUUGUCGUGUUUUCUUGUGCCGCCAGAUACAAUAAUCUGGUCGCGGCUUUGAUUCACUUGUCGAUCAGACUUCUAAAUGCCCCCCCCCCCCAAGCAGUGGAUCAAGAAGCAUUACACCCCCCCUUCAAAGUUUACUCAUUGACCGGGUCUCUUUUUCUUUCCCUUUUUUUUUUUGUCAACCCUCUUACGGGAAUUAGUGCCACUUGGAGGUUAAUUGCCAACUACACGGAGACAACAGAAAUGAGGGGAUUUCAAUACAGAGCCUAAUUGGAGAAUGGAGGAAAAGUCCUCUCAAGAGCGCGACAAUCAGGCCUUCUGGUUGAAGAAGUAUUGGGAGACUUAUUUGGGCGAUUGCCAUUGAAAAACGUGGAGUCUUGUCAAUGGGGGGAAGAGACACUCGUAAGAACGUGUGCAAACAUCAUGAGAUCCUUCGGCUGCUUUUCAAAACACAUGCUGAAUGUUGAAGUGUGUACAUUGUUAAACUGCCCCCCCCCCCUUCCCGUUCUUAAAACAAUGGGGCUCCGCUCGACUGGCUUAUCAAACCUCAUCUCCUAAGUAGGUGGAAUAAGAUGAAACGUUCCACAUGUGCCCACAGACUUCCCAAACAAUUAUGAGGAUGCCUAUUUCCUCGGGCAUCUGGGGCCCCUCGGAAAAAGGCAGAUAGGAGCGACCGGGAUGUGGUAAUAAAUCCCGGAGUCAUCACUUAGCGUUUGCCGUCGCGAGAUAAAGGAAUAUCAGUGUGUGUUAUGCAUUUUCUCAUUUCCUCCCUCGCGUCCUAAUGUUUCCGAAGUUUGGGAUGUGAGUCAUUUGGGAGCAGCUUCAAAUGAGAAGUGUAAAUCGCCUUGUGACUCGAGGGGUCUGACUACUUGACACUGUCACAGACUGUGGCAGUAGGAGGAAGACAGAGGACCCUUCCAUCUUUUUUCCCUCGAUAAUGAUAAAGCUACAUCCUCCUUGUUGCUCCCAGAUCUUCUUGUGAUAGAAGGGCACAACUUCCUGCCCCCAGGGAAGGAGAACCCUGCCUACACGCACACACACACACACACACAGAAACACACACAGAGGCGAUGAAAAUGUGACGUCCCUUUACGAGGAAGUGAUUUUUCCUGUAUAUGUCGCAGAGCAUCACUCAUAUUCCGCAAGGGAACCGAAAUGUAAACAUUAUUGUUGAGCGGAGUUUGUUAUUGUGUGGCUAGUAAAACCACUGUUUACACUCUAUAUCUAUACCGUACUCUUUUCUACUAUUUUAUUUUUUUGUUAAUUUAACAGAAUUACAGAUGUUGGUGGCAUGAGUCUUUAAUGUGAACAUAGUUAUUUUCUUAUUUGUUUUGUACCAUCUUUACUUUACCAUCUCUUCAACUGACACUAUUUAUUUUAGUUGAGAGCAAGUGCACAUGAACUCAAUUACUAUACAAAAAAAGGUCUGAAUUGACUGUAAGUCUCUUUUGGAUUAUAGUGUCUGCUUAAUGGUAAAUGGCCUGAUUAAAGUGCACGUACGUUACAGAAAUCCUCAUUUGAGAAUUUGAUCCAGAAUACUUUGAUACACUUUUAUAGGAGAGAGAGAGAGAGAGAGAGAGAGAGAGAGAGAGAGAGAGAGAGAGAGAGAGAGAGAGAGAGAGAGAGAGAGAGAGAGAGAGAGAGAGAGAGAGAGAGAGAGAGAGAGAGAGAGAGAGAGAGAAAGAGAGAGAGAUGUCCCUACAUUCAAAUGCAAGCUAUUGUUAUUGUACAUAUGACCUGUGUCUAGAGCUCAAGGUUGCUCCUCCAAGCACUAGGUGACCAGCCCUCGUUGGAUCAGGGUGACUCUUUGAGCGUUUAACAGAGUUUUUGUCUGCCCUCCAGCCAUGAUUGUAUCAUACUGUAUAUCAAUUGAUUCCAGCCAUCAUGCAAAAAGAAAACAUUUAAAAGCUAUUCAAAUGUCUGGAGACUUUCAAGAUCACGUCCAAUCCUGUUUUAUGGAAUCAAUUUGAACCGUACAUGAUUACAUUUUUGAAAACUGAAUAGAAUUUCCGGGAAAAAAACAUUGAAACGCAAUAUACAGUAAAAUUGCUCUUUAACGGUCAUUCACAGUGAGGUCAUUUCCUAUUCGUCGAUUCAUGGACGGCAAAACCAUUAUCCCAAUUCCAGAUAUCUUUUGUUUGUUUCUUGUUUUGUUAUUUUUCCAGUAAAAUUAGGUAGACUGAAGGGGAUGAGAGUUAAAUUCAGAUAAAGACAUCCUGGCUUUCAGCUUGUCAGAAUAAGGGCCGCGCCAUUUCCAUCAAAAGCUUGCUGAUUUUGCUGUAAGCACUUUACAUAUGAUUAUAUUCAAGGUAUUGGAACGAGGUUUUCCACUUGAGUGGCAGUGGCUAGGACUCCAAUUUACAAGUGGAUUGGCAACCAUUGUACAGCUUAAGACAAAAAGCUCUGUUUCAAUGCUGAUAAUCCAGUUUGGCACUUAGCGCAUUGUAUAUAAAUCUCUAAAGCUGCCUCGUUCUGUAUAUAAUUUUUCAGCCGUCUUUUCCUUUUGUUCUCAGACGUUCACACUGUAUUAGAGCUGAACAAUUCCCUGCGGCAUCAAUAUUGUACAGACAAUCAUUUGGUCAUUUGUUUUUUUCUUUCUGUCCUAUUUUUUUUCUUUCUUACAAACCUAUACAGACUUCAGCUUGUUGUUUCAAAAAAUAUGUGGCUUGUGUGAGCAAUUAUCAUAAUUCAACAUGCAGAACUGUGUGUCUUAUAGUUGAAAUGGGGAAGGCAAUGGGUAUGAUAUGUUUAUUUUACUGUACAAAAUACAAAACAAAAUAAACACUUGCCAUACCAUGAUUUAGACGUGCGUAAGAGAUUGUGAUAAUAUGAUGUGUUUUUUCUUAAUCGCCAUUUUAGGCUUGAUUCAAAGUGGAGAUGCCGUUGGUCAGCAAGUGUCCUCAUAAACAUGUCCUCCAAUCCUAACUGUUUUAGUGGAGCCCAUAAGAGUUCAGAUGGGGAAUGUACCAUGGAAUGGUUGUAGUUAUGUAAAUGGUAAGUAAGGGAGUGCUGAAAGACCAAGCAUGCUAAAUUUUCACGCGAUACGUAAGGGUAAAGAAUUACCUCCAAAAUAAUUUCUUCAAUGGCAUCUCGAAUCAAACAGAUGUUUCAACAAUCAAUAUUUCUAAAUUAUUUUACAUGAAAGGAGGGGUUCAGAAAGCGUUCAGGUGCGUGGCCAGUCAGGGCGCGCCAUGCUGCCUUAAUAACUUGCCAUCUGAGGGGAGGAUAUACUGUAAUCUGUUGGCUAGCUAGCCAAAAUGUUUACUACUCCCACCUCCGACAAGAACCUGAGUUUACCAUUAGGCUCUCCUUUGCGUUCUUACAAAACGUCUACCCUGAUCCACAAAGUAUUGCAUUCCUCCCCUCCUCACCGCCACCCUGUCUCUCUCCCUCCCCCUCCCUCCCUCUUUCUCACCCUCAUGCUCUCAAACUCUCUUUCUCGCCGCUCAAAUAGAUUAAUACACGCAACCAUACUCUGAACAAUUACACAAUAGGCCUAUGUGGUUCUGUCUCUUUUCUGGUACAAAAACAGAAAUUAGAAGAAAACAGCAACAACAGCGAAACGUCUGUGUCCAUCCCAAAAGAAGGGGAUACAAGAAAAAAGGCUCAUAUUGUUUUGAAGUUGUUUGGUAAUGGCCCUGGGCUAUACGGGCAUCUGUGAUGAUGAACUCUCUACACAAACAUCUUGCUUGGUUGAAUCAAACAAUAAAUUAAUCAAUGAAUAGAAAGAAUUAUUGAUCAUAUAUCAUGCCAAACUUAAGGACCGUCAAGGAGUGGGUCCAUGCCCGCUAAGGGUGGUUUACACGCAUCGCCAUGCUGGUUCCUCAUCACUGAUCCGCUACGGAGCGUGAUAAACACUGCAAAAUGUUUCUGAAAGUGCCAACUCCAACGUUCAUAGGAAAUUAUUACUAAUGCCGUCGAUUACCACGUACCUGUUUUCAGACACGUUUUUUCUUUUACUAAUUUUGUUCUCAUCUCACAUUGAGAAUGUGUUGCUGAUGGGAAAAAAAAAGUGUUAGGCGAAAAAAGCAACAGAACAGCAGAAAUAUCCCUGGCGAGUUCAGACCCAGAUGUAUUUGAGUCUUGUUAGUGUACUUGCUUUUGAUCGUAGGUUUGUCAGGAUCUGAACUGUUGAUAUAUUACACCCCUUAUAAUCCAACAGGUCAAAUAUUUUUCUUCUGAAUACUGUAUAUUCAAGCUCUGAGUAACUUAAUUUCCAUUUCAUUCAUACAACGUUAUCAAAAGAAUAACCAUUGUUUGCCUCAAUGUAAUGUACAUUUGUAAAUGAUAUUGGUUAAACCACUAUUUUCAGGCAGUGUCCCUCUCUAUGUAAGAAAAAGAAAAAAAAAUGCUGUAAUAUACCCGUAUUAGGUUUGUGAAUCUAUGAUGCUUUUGCUCUGUAUAUUUGGAGAAUAAAAAGAUGGUUUGAAA